AUGGCCGGCCGUGAGUCCGAGAGCCAGGACCUCGCUGCAUCGUUGCAGGACAAUGAGGCCACCCCUGCGGAGGAGGAGCAGCUCGUGGACUCGAGGACACCUGCUCGCGAGGCGCAGCUGGGGGCGCCGGAGUUCGCGCGGCGCUGGGCGCGGCGCGCGGCCGGCGUGGCGGCACUGGGUCUCAUGGUCUUCGCCGUGGCGCCCAAGCUGGGCCUGCCGGUGGGUGCCAAGUCCACGGAGUUCUUGGAAGGCGUUGGCGGGGAAGCCUGGCACACGCUCGAGUCAGAGCUGGAUGCGUCCAAGGAGCUGCCGACGGUCGGGCUCGCCCACAUCAGCCCGGCAGCCGGCCAGGUGCUGUGCGUGAUCGACGUGGCCCAAGCCGUGGCACGCGUGAUGCUGACGGGCACGUUCAUCAAGUUCUCCACGGUGGCCUGCGACUUUGACAGGAUCCAGGCUGUCAAGAAGCGCCCGGUGAGGAACGACGAGCGGGAGACGUGCGCCUCCGGCAUCUUCGGCAUCCUACUGUCGGUGGAGCUUGGCAUGGGUGUGAUCGCCUCCUCCAUCUCUACGUGCUCGGGCUCACUGAACGUCCCUGCGAAUUGCGCCGCGAACAUCGGCGCUUUCACAGGCGGCCUUUCUGUGCUGAUGCAAUCGACUCUCUCCGCCGACCUGAUCUGCAACAAAGGCGUCAAGGCCGGCAAGCUGACCCCAGAAGCCAAGAUCGACGCCAUGGUUUCUGCUGCUACGACAGGUAAGAUCACCAAGCAGAAGAAGCAGGUCUCGAAGAGUGUGUACCAGUAUCUCAAGAAGGCCGGCGUCGACGUGAGCACUUUGCCAGUGCCACCGGCGGUGGCGAACGAUGCCGUGUACGGUGCAGUUGCCAGGUGCGUGGCCCAGCUGGACUUGGGUGCCACCUUCGUCAUGAGGUUUGCCAUCAUCUUGGCGGACACCACCAUCCACUGCACCCCAGGAGUCGUCGAAACCGAGGGCCGCGUUUGCGCGGUGGACAUCACAGGCAUCCUCGCCGUGUUGAGCCUGUCUGUCCGCUUCUUCUCCCUGGCCAGCAACUCGUGCGUGAACAUCGUGGGCCGUGCGGACAAGGACGCCAACUGCGUGGCCGCCUGCUCGGGCAUCACCGGCUCCACCAUGGCCAUGACCUCCUCGGGCAUGAACUUGGACGCUGCAUGCCGCAAGGCCUUUGGCAAGUGGGACCCGGACGCCUGGCCAAGCCAGCUGGGGCCUGUCAGCGCCUCCGGCCAGACCCACGGCGAGGAGCUCCAUGUCCCUGCCAGGGAUGGCAACACCAUCAUCGCAGCCAUUGUGCAGAGAGUGGCAGUCGCGGGCACGGGCACAGCUCUGCGCGACAGCCGCGAAGGCUCUGAGAUGCCGAGAAGGCUCGCAGAUGCCUCGAUCGUCUUCCUGGUGCACUGCUAUGGAGGUCAGCCGCUGCCUGACGAGGAGCUGCGACGGGCUGGCUCAACGGACCUCGCCGCAUCUUUGCAGGACAAUGAGGCCACCCCUGCGGAGGAGGAGCAGCUCGUGGACUCCAGGACGCCUGCUCGCGAGGCGCAGCUGGGGGCGCCGGAGUUCGCGCGGCGCUGGGCGCGGCGCGCGGCCGGCGUGGCGGCACUGGGUCUCAUGGUCUUCGCCGUGGCGCCCAAGCUGGGCCUGCCGGUGGGUGCCAAGUCCACGGAGUUCUUGGAAGGCGUUGGAGGGGAAGCCUGGCACACGCUCGAGUCAGAGCUGGAUGCGUCCAAGGAGCUGCCGACGGUCGGGCUCGCCCACAUCAGCCCGGCAGCCGGCCAGGUGCUGUGCGUGAUCGACGUGGCCCAAGCCGUGGCACGCGUGAUGCUGACGGGCACGUUCAUCAAGUUCUCGACGGUGGCCUGCGACUUUGACAGGAUCCAGGCUGUCAAGAAGCGCCCGGUGAGGAACGACGAGCGGGAGACGUGCGCCUCCGGCAUCUUCGGCAUCCUACUGUCGGUGGAGCUUGGCAUGGGUGUGAUCGCCUCCUCCAUCUCUACGUGCUCGGGCUCACUGAACGUCCCUGCGAAUUGCGCCGCGAACAUCGGCGCUUUCACAGGCGGCCUUUCUGUGCUGAUGCAGUCGACUCUCUCCGCCGACCUGAUCUGCAACAAAGGCGUCAAGGCCGGCAAGCUGACCCCAGAAGCCAAGAUCGAUGCCGUGGUUUCGGCUGCUACGACAGGUAAGAUCACCAAGCAGAAGAAGCAGGUCUCGAAGAGUGUGUACAACUAUCUCAAGAAGGCCGGCGUCGACGUGAGCACUCUGCCAGUGCCACCGGCGGUGGCGAACGAUGCCGUGUACGGUGCAGUUGCCAGGUGCGUGGCCCAGCUGGACUUGGGUGCCACCUUCGUCAUGAGGUUUGCCAUCAUCUUGGCGGACACCACCAUCCACUGCACCCCAGGAGUCGUCGAAACCGAGGGCCGCGUUUGCGCGGUGGACAUCACAGGCAUCCUCGCCGUGCUGAGCCUGUCUGUCCGCUUCUUCUCCCUGGCCAGCAACUCGUGCGUGAACAUCGUGGGCCGUGCGGACAAGGAUGCCAACUGCGUGGCCGCCUGCUCGGGCAUCACCGGCUCCACCAUGGCCAUGACCUCCUCGGGCAUGAACUUGGACGCUGCCUGCCGCAAGGCCUUCGGCAAGUGGGACCCGGACGCCUGGCCAAGCCAGCUGGGGCCUGUCAGCGCCUCUGGCCAGACCCACGGCGAGGAGCUCCAUGUCCCUGCCAGGGAUGGCAACACCAUCAUCGCAGAGCCAUGA